AGCCGUAGAUACACACUAGACUUAAGCAAGUUUAUUAGGAUUAGGCAGGCCGCUGCUUUGCUGUCGCAGGCACAUCAUCAGGAAGGAACAAACAUGCCGCUUAUACUUAGUAGUAACUGAUAGUGCAUACAGUGUAGAAAACACACGCAUAAUCAACGCCUGAUGAGUGAUGACAAGUAGAAAAAGAGAGCACGGAGCAGGCCUGCCGCCUGCGCGCGCGGGGACGGACGAGGACGAGGACGAGCACGACCUCCACCUCCCGCAACCCUCCGAAAGCUAAAGCGGAAGCCGACCACUAUAACCACCACCCCAAUUAUAUUCAUCCAUCCACAAGAACAAAAGAGAGGUCCGAACCGAACCAAACCAAGCUAGAAGAAGAAGAAGAAGAAGAAGAGAAGAGAAUACAAGAGACGCAGCAGCAUAUACUCGUCCACUGAAACCAGACCAGACCAACCCUGCAAAGCCCACAGCAGAGAGGGAAACAGCAGAGAGUUGCAACAAAAAGUUCGUUCAGCUCCUAGCCUCCUACCUUCUGUGCGUUGCUCUGCGAGGAGGAGGAGGAGGAGGAGGAGGAGGAAGGAGAGGUUGAUUUGAUCGAGCAGCAUGGCGCCGCGGCCACAGCCGUGGGGCCACCAGGUGCUCACGCUUCUUCUGCUCGUCGUCGCCGCGGCGACGGCGGCGGCGGUCGUGGUGAGAGCCGACGACGAGAAGUGCAGCAACCCGUGCGGGAACCCGUGCGGCGAGCCGUGCGUGUACGCGAGCCCUCCACCACCCGCGCUUCCCCCGCCGGUGUACUACCCGCCGCCGGCGCCCGUGUACUCGCCCCCGCCGCCGGAGUACUACCCGCCGCCGACCCCGACGACCCCGACCCCGACCCCGACCACGCCCUACUGCCCGCCGCCGCCGUCGGGCGGCGGCGGCGGGUACGAGCCGUCGCCAGGGUACACGCCGGCGACGCCAUACACGCCCGGCGGGUACAACCCGACGACGCCGUCCUGCGGGGGCGGCGGGUGCUUCUCGCCGCCCUACACGCCGGGGAUGCUCUACCCGCAGGACCCCGGGUUCCGGCCCAACGCCGCGCCCGCCCGCGCCGAGGCGUGGCGCGCCGUGCUCCUCGUCUCCGCGGCAGCGACGGCGGCGGCCUGCGCCUGCUUCGGCUUGUGAUCGAUCGAUCGAUCGGACGCCGCCCAUGGUGAUCAUCGUCGUCCACCGCGCGCAGACUGCAUGGCGGUUUUAGUUCCGCGCGCUCCGUGUUAAUAAUAAGAUUAGAGGAAGGAUUAAGUUGGGUAAGAUUAUUUUUUUUUCCUCGUCACUUCAUCAUGUCGUUUGUUGUUGUUGGUAAAUUCAUCGUUCUUGUCAUGUACUUAAAUCGUUGGUUCAUCUGUUUUCGUCAUAGGAACACAAGUUCAUCAUCCAUCAUAUCGGACUAUAUGUGAAACAUAUAUAUACUGAUCUCUGAUCAAACUGAAAUAACAUGUGUAUGUUUUAUGCCCCA